AUGCAUUUAAAACGCUACGACUCCAAGUUAGACAGCAUCAAAUACGACAUAAAACCGAACAUAAAUUGCUUCGGAAACAUAGAUUAUCGUUAUCCUCUAUUUCCAGAAAAAGUAGACGAUCGAACCACUUACUACAGGAGCCACAACUGGUAUUACACUGUACCCCAAGAUUUCGAACACUGCAGGGUUAAAACAAAGCCACAUCCACGCCUGCUCGAAGUAGAUUUGAAACUGAAAGAAGCCAAGAUUUCUACAUAUAUGCACGAUUACGGUUUGAAGACGAAACAAGAAGAUAUGCUGGUGUUAUAUCCUAAAGGCAGUCAGGCCACUGAUAAGAGAUGUGUCCAAGAACGUCUAACUAGAGGCUCGCCCACGACAGACCCCUUUAGAAUUUCCGAAACGAGAAAAUGUUUUAAAUAUUUCGAAUGGAAACCGGCUUCUAUACACAAGAAAAUGUGUCUCCCACCGUAA